AAAGUCAAAUUCCAAAAUAAUGGAACAUUCCUUUAUUUAAACAAAGCAUCAUUAGUCCACCAAAGUAUCUUCCAAAUUCAUUGGAGAAUAAAAACGCUUUUACCACACAUUAUUUCGGUUGCCUUUCUUUUCUUUAUUCAGAGAAGAGUAGCAGUUACAAGUAGAAAGAAAGAGAGAGAAAAAUGACAAAACAAGCUUUCCAUCAAUCAAUUAUGUACAAAGCUGCACAAAUCAUGUUACCUGCCCUUUGAGUUAAAUUUCUUGGUUUGCUUUCUAGUAUACCUCUUAGAAAACCCCUCUUAUUCUAUACAUAUAUAUACAUGUAGAGGUAAAAUUAUAGUAAUGGUAAUGGGGAAUGUGAGUGGGAAGAAAGAAGAAAUAACUGGAGAGAGUUCUGGAAUCAAGAAUCAAGAACAUGAAGAGGAGGAAUAUAUGGAGUAUUGCCUGUUCCCAGAUUCCAUGGUUCAGUCCCCUCCUCAUAGCCCUAAACCUUAUCAUCACUCUCCUUUGGCUUUCACUCCACAGGCUCCAAUUCUCCCCUUACAAAGGCCUGAUGAGAUAUUAAUGCAAAACCGAAGUGGUAGCAUAGUGCCAAAGACAAUGGAGUAUGGGGACAUGCCUUCUGAAAAUGGGAUACCAACAAUGAUCACAUGGAGUCAUGGCGGACACGAAGUUGCUAUUGAGGGAUCAUGGGAUGGCUGGAAGAUAAAAGACUUCCUACAAAGAACAGACAAGGACUUCACUGUCAUGAAGGUGUUGCCAUCAGGUGUGUAUCAUUACCGCUUCAUUGUAGAUGGACAAUGGAGAUAUGCUCCAGAUUUUCCAUGUGAACGAGAUGAUUCGGGAAAUAUGUUCAAUGUCUUGGACUUGCAGGAUAUUAUUCCAGAGGUCCUGAAUAACACCAGUUGGUCAGAAGCACCUCCUUCCCCUGAAUCAAGCUAUAACAGUGCACCUUUCAGUUCAGAAGAUUUUAACGAAAAACUACCUGAUUUGCCUCCUCUAUUACAACAGACACCCCUGGACCAACCGUCUUCAUCUGCUAGUAGCAUGGAGACAUUUCAGAAGCCAUUACCAGCAGUAUUGAACCAUCUUUACAUACAGAAAGCCCGUAGCAGUCAAUCAAUGGCUGUACUAAGUUCAACACAUAGAUUUCGCACCAAAUAUGUGACAGCAGUACUCUAUAAGUCCUUGAAAAACUUAAAGAAGUGAAAUGCUUCCAAAAUUUUCCUUUAUAAAGGAAGGGAUCUGUCAAUGGAUUCAUUUUGAAUUGGCAAGAAGAUCUAUGUAAGGAAGGGUAACCAAGGUCUCUCCACAUGAUGGAAGUGUUUUUUUGUUUUUGACGCUCAUUUCAGAAAUAAGCAUCUGAAUCUUACCGAAAAUCAUGAUGAAAAUUUUAGAUUUCUCUAGAUCUUCUGUAUCGUCAUGUGAUUACCAGUGUGAUGCUUCUGAUUAUGUGUAUGCCAACUAUGCCUAUGCAAGACUGAUAAAGGAGUUAAAAGACUUUUUCCAAUUUUGCUUGUGUACAUGUGUAUUGGAAUUAAUAGAAAGACAUGAAGCUUAGUUCUACUGUUCA